ACAUUUUUAGAAGGGUGAUAUGGGUGAUAUCUGAGUUUAUAGAAUCGCUGGCGGCGAAAGGUUUACGUUGUUGAGAAGCGGUGACGUUGAGUUUGAAAGCUUGCAUGAUGAUUAAAAAUCGUGAUUUUUUAUUCCUUUCAUUAAUUGGAGUAACGAAGCAGUAGUUGCUCAGUCGGUAUUUUUUUCUGGUACAUCCGUGUGUUUAUGAGUGUACUAUUAUCUUUUGUAUUUGUAUUUACAGGAUUUAACGAUGAGGAAUAGGCACAAUAUGCUGUUUUGAGAACUUGACGUGUAUCGGGCGUUAAUGUUGUCUCCUUUUUUUUCCUCUCUAAAGAAUGACAUUAAUGAUCCACGCAUUGCCUUUUGUUGUCCGACACAGUUCGCGAAGUGUCGGAUAUUACGAAACAUUUACUGCGUUUGAUAAUAUCGUUUCGGUUUGUUUCACCUGGUGUGUCUAUUGAUAACAGAAAUGGAAAGCCGGCGAGGCGGAAGAGGCAACCCUUGGAACCGGGGUGGCGGAAGAGGUUCUAACGCUAGGGGUCGCAAGACGGAAAAUAAAAAUCAAAACACCAGGAGUGUACCAAUGCAAAUGCCGACAGCUGAAGAAAGAUUUAAAGAAGCUCAAUUGAAGCAACAGGCGUCUCUUCAGAAACACCUGAGUACAGGCUAUGAAUCGUCUUCAGAAGAGGAUGAUUUGGAAAAUGACAAUAUUCUUGAGUCUGUGUUGAAGUCGUACUCUCAGUUAGGGGGUAGAAGUGAUGAGCUUGGGCGUACACAGCGGUUUCUGGAGGAGGUUUUCCAGUCUGGUGCUGCAACGUGUCUGAUCUGUAUAGCAUCUGUGAAAAGAAAUGAUGCUAUAUGGAGCUGCAUAAAAUGUUAUUGUUUCUUCCACUUAAUUUGCAUCCAGCGGUGGGCAAAAGACAGUAUCAUGCAUCAGAAACAAGCAGAAGAAGACACUCGCCACUUGAAAUACGAAUUCACCUGUCCAAAAUGCCGACAUGAGUAUGAAGAAAAAGCAAUACCGCAAAAGUAUUACUGUUUUUGUGGGCGCACUCUGGAUCCUCCGUUUCAUCCAUGGCUCCUUCCACAUUCUUGUGGGGAAACUUGUGGACGACCCCUUGAGCCUCUUUGUGGGCAUGACUGCUUGUUGCUUUGUCAUCCUGGACCGUGUCCACCUUGUCCCAAAAUGGUACGCAGCACCUGUUAUUGUGGGAAACAACCACCCCGGCCACAGCGUUGCUGCAAAAAGGAAUGGUCAUGCGGCAGUGUAUGUGGACGCAAGUUGAGCUGCGGGCGGCAUGAGUGCCCAGAGCAGUGUCACCCUGGGGACUGCUCUCCCUGUCCUCGCACGAGCAAGCAGCAUUGCGUGUGUGGGGCAGCCUCACAGAUACGGCAGUGUGCUGAUCCAGUGUGGCACUGUGACAAGGUAUGUGGUAAAAAUCUUUCAUGUGGGUACCACUCUUGUGAACAAGUGUGUCAUGCUGGACCAUGUGGUGACUGUCCCUUGUCCGGGCCUCGCACCUGCCCCUGUGGUAAGGCUUCAUUUGUUCUCCCGUGCACAGAAGAAACACCCGUUUGUGGCGACACAUGUAGCCGCCCACUCGAGUGUGGGGUCCACCGCUGCCCUCGCCGGUGCCAUAGGGACAAAUGUGGUUCAUGCCUUGAAGUGAUUACUAAAUCCUGCCGGUGUGGACUGCAUACUAAAGAACAGCCGUGUAAAAAGGAAUUUCUGUGUGACACAAAAUGCAAGAGAGUGAAGGACUGCUUUCGCCAUCCUUGUAACCGCAAGUGCUGUGAUGGUAACUGUCCGCCCUGUGAAAAGCCUUGUGGACGUACACUGACGUGUGGGAACCAUAAAUGUGCAUCCAUUUGUCAUAGGGGGCAGUGCUACCCCUGUCCCUUAACUGCUGAAGUAAAAUGUCGUUGUGGAAGCACUACAAUAACGGUCCCUUGUGGUAGGAAGAAACACACAAAACCACCACGGUGCUUCAAACUAUGCAGGUUGGAAUCUCUAUGUCAUCAUCCAGUACAGUCACCACACAAGUGCCACUUCGGUGACUGUCCUCCGUGCAAGCAGAAAUGCGAACGUCAGCACAAGGCCUGUGGUCACCUCUGCCCUGUUCCCUGCCACUCGGCCGUCCUAGUUAAGAUUGAAACUGACAAGAAGCCUGCGGGGCCAUGGGAAAAAGUAGAGCCGCGUUUUGAACUAAGGGACCUAUCUUGUCCAGACUGUGUGGUGCCGAUGCCUGUAACCUGUCUUGGUGGUCAUGAAACAAGUGACUGGCCAUGUUAUCUAGCCAAGCCAUCUUCAUGUCAACGUCCAUGUGGCCGUCGCUUGGCUUGUGGCAAUCAUACAUGUACGCUACCAUGUCAUGAAGUUGUAGGCGCAAAGUCUGAGACAGAGGCUGGGGAGACAUGUGAAGUGUGUGAAGCUGGAUGCUCAAAACCCCGUCCUGAAGGCUGCUCACACAUCUGUCCAAAGCCAUGCCACCCUGGCUCCUGUGCACCUUGCCCACAAAUGAUACGCCUCCGAUGCCACUGUGCUCUCAACCAACUUUUUGUACGCUGCAGUGAAUGGAUCAACGCCAGUGAGGAUUCCAGAAGUAUACUUCAAUCCUGCAAAAAUCGUUGCCCAAAAAAUUUUGCCUGUGGACACCGUUGCCAAGCUGACUGCCACCCAGGUGAUUGUCCAGAUUCUUCACUGUGCCGCAAGAAAGUGAAAAUUUCAUGUCCGUGCCGGCGUAUAAAGCGAGACUUUGCAUGUGACCUUGUUCGAAAUGGACAGGCGAAAGUGGAAUGUGAUGAAGUAUGUUUGAAAAAGAAAGAGGAAGAAGCAAAGGCUCGUGAAUUGGAGGAACUGCAAAAGCAAAAGGAAGAGGAUCGUAAAAAUCAGGAAGAACUUGAAAGGUUCCAAAAGAAGUUUCAAGGACGGAAAAAACAUCGUGAUCGUCGCCAGCAAGAAGAUGGUGACCAGUCACAGUCUCUCCUGUCUCGCUAUUGGUUUAUUGCACUCUGUGGAAUAGUAGGUGUUAUUGUAAGCUUCUAUUUUGUUACACAGGUAUAACAACUCUCAUGAGAGUUGUCAGGUCUAUGCAGCAUUUCACAUUAAUGGAUUAUGUUCCUGAAUUGUGAUAAUACAGUUGUAGGAAACAAUUGGUGUGUGCAUCAAAUGUUAUUUUGGUUUGAUGCUAUGAGAUAUGUGGUUUAUUUGUAGUUGUACUACAAUUUGGUAUAUUGUUACCCACUGUGACAAUAAAGGCUGUUCAUGUCUGUCACAGACUGUUGUAUACACAAGCACAGAUGAUUUUAAUCAGAGUUCCUAUGUGUGCAGAUAGUGGAAAAGAAUGAAUGAGAUUUGGUGUCAUGCUCAAUAAAUAAAAUAAAAGAAUAUACUGUAAAA